GUCAGUGAGUGCAGGUUAUUUAUUGAGAUUUUCUGGUUUUAUGUCAUUUCUAAAGUAAGUUUUAAAGAGGUUUUAGCUGACUGUCAUCAUGCCUCGUGGAAGAUCAGCGAUAAGCGUCAGGUCCGACUCCAGCGACAUGGACAUUGAUGCGCUGGCAGAGACAGAGAUGGGCAAGCUGCAGAGGCAGUUUCGCAUCAUGGAGGUGGAUCGGCAGGCCUACAGCAUCCAGUCCCAGGAGCUUAUUCGCAAACAGCGAAUGGAGAUAGAGAAGCUCUGUGAGGAGCAUGAGGAGCUCCAGAAGAACCUGCAUGCAUCCAAGAGCCAGUCACGCAAGCAGAACGACGUCAACGACACCCAGCAGCUUCGAAGUCUCCUGAACCGUCAGGAUGCGCUCAACGAGCAGCUGGAAAGAGAGAGACUUAUUCAAGCUGAGCUUGAGCGAGAGCAGAUCCGGAGCAUAAAGAAGAAACUGGAAGAGCUGAGGAAAGGAGAUGGUAAUACCGGUCAAAGUCAGAAGCCUCAGACUCGCCACACCCAAAUGGCCAAGCGGACCCUGGAAAAUAAACUUGACCGGGCUCUUGUUCGCUUCAACGAGCAGCUAGCAAAAAACAGCCAGCUGAGGGAUGAGCUGGAGACGCUGCGAGUUGAGCGUGCUCGCUUCCAGCAGCUGCACCACAAACUGGAAAAGGAGCUUUAUGAAAUCCGGCGGGAGAUUGGUGAUGUCAUCAGCAUGUCAACAGCAGCUUAUGAUGCCAGAGUGGAGGCCCAGAUGAAGAUGAUGAUGAUGAAGGAGAAGGCAGCGAAGGACCUGGCACAGUACAAUGCAGAGAUGAAGGAGCUGGAGAGGCUGAUCGCACAUGAACAGCGCCUUAAAGACUUCAUGGCUACCAAGUGCAACGAAAGGGCAGGACUGGACGAUGUGCUCAGUCACAGACAUGAAAUGAAGGCACAAAGGAGGUCUGACUCAGAGGUUGCAGCCGAGACCCUGGAGGAAGUUUUCCGGCAAAUCCAUCAGGUGACCGGCGAGGAUGAUUUGGAAGUGCUAGUCACCAAAUUUAUACAGGCUGAAGACAGAAACUUUGCGCUCUUUAAUUACGUAAACGAACAAAACACACAAGCCGAGGCUUUGAAAGAUCAAAUCAGACAGAUCAAAGAGGAGAUGGAGAAGUUCCAGGUGGAGGAGCAGCAGAAGGAGCAGGAACAUCACAACACUCUCGGGCAGAUGGAGGAGGAGCAGAAGGAAGCUGAAGCCCAGGCCAUGGAAUACGAGGCCCAGACAAAAGAAAUCACAGAAAUUCUGGAUCAGAUUAAAACAAGAGUGAGUGAAUUAUUCGAUAAGAUUGACUGUGAUUGUACAGCUGUGGACGAUUCACUCGGUUCUUUGGCUGUAAUCAGAGACUCCAACAUCAUGACAUACCUAAGGCUGGUGGAGCAGAAAACUAAUGAGCUGCUUACUGUGCAAGCCUUUAUCGACUCCAAGGACCUGGAGAAGGAUUAUGAUCCGAAAUCAGUGGCUCAGGUGCUGCUUGGGCAAAGUUCAGAGAUGCAGAAUCAAGCUCCUGUCGUACAGCCACUUGUUUCUGGUGACGACUAUGAUGUAGAUGAGUUGCUGCUCCCACACGAAGAAGAUCGACCUUUGACCCAGCAAGAACUGCGCCACCAUAUUAUGAACAGAAUUCUCCUUAAGGAAGAACCAUUGCAUGCUGGGAAGAACAAAGAGGCAAGGUCUGCUAAACUCAGUGCUCUGUCCAGCCACAGACAGCAUACACUUGAAUUCAGCCUCUAAAGAUUUUAGCUUUGCUUCGUAAUCUAAAUUUCUGUGUGACCCUGGACCUGUCGGGGUAAAAAUACAGAAAUGUGUAGAAAUGCUGUGAGAAAUAAAUCGCACUUCUACAUUCUCUGUUUUUAAAAUAGCAAACGGAUAUGAAAUUUAAUUUUAUGCUAAAUAUUAUUUAAAGCAAGUUAUAUAGGGUGAUUUUACUGGAAGUUUUGGGACCAUAGUUGCAGUAAAUUUCAAAGGCUUUAUCGUGUAUCGUAUGAAUAAUCUUUCAAUAUUUUGAGUGCAAAAAUAUUUUUUAAAGUAUGGUUACAACUUCAAAAACUACAUCAAUACAUAAAAGGAUGUAUUAAAAACACUACGUUUUAAUCACAUUUUAUAUAAUUUACAUAGUUUUAUGUUACUAAUUUAAAUAGAAAGGGAGACGGCACACCAUGGUGUAGUAGUCAGCGCUGUGGCCUUGCACCUCAAUUCCCGCCUUGGGUCUGUGUGCAUGUGAGUUGGCUAAUUGUGUUAACAAUUUGCUCGUAGUGCAUGUGUGUUUGUGCAUGGCGAUGGAUUGGCACCCUGUCCAGGGUAUACACUCCAUUUCCAACCCCACCCACCACCUCAUCUUCAAAGUCUCCUGGGAUUGGCUUCAGGGCCACCCCCUCAGGACUCUGUACAGGAUAAGUACUAUAGAAGAUGAAUGGAAGAAUAAAAUAGGAUAAAAUGGAGGUCAUCCAUAUGCUGAGUCUCGAUUUGGUUUAACUACAGGUAUUAACUAAUGUUGCAGUUCAGCAUGACAGCAGCAGGGUGCAGUGUGUACUUUUUGGUCAUUUGUACGGCUUGAAGGAAAACCAGUCUAAAGCACAUUUCAACUGAAAUUGACGUUUAGUCAUUCAGUUGCAUUUUUGUUUUCUUUUUCAAAAAUUUUCAAAACAAUUAUAAACAAAUUUUCAUUAUAAAGUUCAGAAUGGAGUUUUCCUGUAAAUAUGGCUGUAUGAAUUUUGGAUCCGCAUUUCUGUAAAAAGAUCAUUGGUCCUUAACAUGGCUGUUCUGAGAAUGCGUAAUGUGAAGUUCUGACAGUAUGCCAGUCAAGUUAGUGCCACAGCAACAAAAGUCAAACUGUAAGACUGCAAAUUGCUGGAUUCCUGUAGGAUGAUGC